GUAACGGAUUCACAUUCCAUGCCUUAUGGGCGUUAGUUACGAGUAAUGUAUUCAAAUACCCGGUGUGUCUAUGGUAAUUUAUUAAUAUAGAUUAUAUUAGUAACCUUUUUAUACACACAAUUCUGAUUGUCUGCCUCAUACCAGGGUGUAUACAUUGGCAUAGUUGUCUAACUAUUUAUUCCGUUGUUUGCAAAUCCAUCAGCUGACCUUGUGUAUAACAAUGGGUGAUGUUAAUACCGAUUCCUCUGGGAGCAAAGUGCAAUUAAGCGAGGAAGACCAGCAAUCUCUAUGUGACACUGAGAGUGAGAUAUCGCAGCUUCUUUCCUGUGGUAUAUCGGACACUAGCAUCAUUGGCAAUGACGAUGAUUGUAACACAGUUUGGCAAUAUGUCAAGGAUCGUGACAGUGUUGACGAGCUUGGUAUUGACAACAGGUUAAAAGCCUUUGUUCGUGCUUUUGCCGAGGGUUCGUCACUUAACAUAUCCAGUUUGUUAACUAGGUUACGCACUCAGAUGGCGAAGUAUAGUGAAUUCUUGAAUAUUGACUCAAAGUUAGAUGAGAUGGUACCUUUGAUGUUGAUGCGUAAGAACCUGGGCGAACCUUUCGCGGGUUCGGUGGCAUCGGAGAGGUUGGAAUCCAAUAAGCCCGAGUGCUUGUGGGUUUGGGAAUCACCUGAUUUAGAUGUGUUCCCACCUGUUUUGCGUGAUCGUGUAAUGGCAGCUCGAGAAUCGCGCAAUUUAGUAUCUCGUAGGUAUCGCACGCUUGUUGCAUUGAAGAAUGCAUUGUUGGAGGGUAAUGCCAUAGAUCGAAUGUCGGCCAAUGAGCAGUUGGGGAUCAUCUAUAAGAAGAUGCUUCUGGAGAAGGAGCGUCAGGAGCGUUUAGCAUCUAAGCGUAAAGUCUCUGAGACCAAGCCGACAAUAUCUACUCUAUUCAACAAACAGCCUCACGUACGUGAUUCUCGGUCAUCUAAAGCAACUUCUGGUGACAAGGCAGUAUCGCGCUCUGGUGCCAAACCAAGUCCAGUUGCAAAGAACAAGUCACCUAACAUGCUGCUCAAGUGGCUUAAACCAUCACCUUCCACUGGUGGUGAUACCUCUGCUACUACCCAUGUAUUAUCAUCAAAGUCUGUUGAGGCUACUUCGCCCGUAGAACGUUCGAGUGACCCAUGUACUAUCUACGCCGUGCCCAGUAUGGAGGACUUGGAUGAUAUGGGUGCCACUAGCGACCAGAUGUCGCAGAUUAAAGAACUGAUAACAUCAGCGCCUCAUGUGCGUAGGGCUGGUAUUGAUAUAAUUGGUGAUAACACGGACGAUGCUUUGCCACACUCUGGUGACACCACUCCUGUUGAUACUGUCACUACAGAGGACACAACGCCAACCUCUGCAACUCGAACUACCAGGUCACGAAGCAUUUCUGCAUCAAGUCCAAAGCAUGAAGAUGCAACUGCUACUAAGUAUCCUCGGUUCAAUGAUUUCAAGCGCUUAUGCGAAUCGCAUCGUGAAGCUUGGAAGCGGUAUUUCACUUACGUAGAUACCAACAGGCGGUUUUACGUUGACGCAUCUACUCAAGCGGUGCAACCCACGUCCGAAGAAGGCGCUUUAGUUGAAUCUACUGCUACACCAGAGCGUAUUUCGAGGACUUUCAUUGUGGAUGAUGUGGUUAAUAACGUGAAGGAUACUAUAUAUGGCGACCCUGCUUUACGUGUUUCCAGGGGCAUACGUGUAUUCCACAUGUCGGACAAUGAAUGGAAGCGCCCAUCUAUGCGUUUGGUUAUAACCCGUGAAUCCCCUUUGGUCAACCCCCUGUCACCACUAUCGAUAGAACCUGCUAUGGACUACUUCCUCGACAGUGACGAGGAAUGGUUUGAGCAGUAUGACGUUGACGACGUCGACGAGAGUGGAAGUGAGGAGGAGGAAGACGAUGACGAGGAGCAUGACUGGAUCGUCCAGGACAACCCUCAGCAGGGUCCUCAGAAACAUACACAAAACCUUUGCGAGGUGGUGAAGGUAUUCUGCAUGAACCGCAAUUGGCAUUGGAUUGUUGACGGCGUGCCUCAGAAUGUGGAAUACUGCUCCAGCAUUGAAGAGGCGCGCAAAAAUGGCAUGUCGAUCGUUCCAUCUGACUACGGCUUUGGUUAUGAGGGUUAUACCCAAAACCCAAUCUCCGAGUUUAUAACUAACAUGCGUGGUCACAACAUCAUUAUGACCAAGGAGGAUGUCCAGGAGUUCCUCAAGUCAUGCCAUGCCACGCAUACGAAGAAGGAGACUUUGAUUGCUGACUUUAAGGAGAAGAGGCCUCACUGCUCGAUUGCGGAGAUUCGUGAAAAAUUCAAAAAGUACAUAUGCCGUAUGAAGGUUGACAGUACUCCUCAACGCUGGCUGGUUACCACUGAAGCUGCUAUUCUAUUCGGCAUCCGUGACGAGCUGGAUUCCAUAUUGGCCACUGCUAUGGAGCAGGUAGCUGAAGUGGACUGAUAUUGUUUUAUAUAUUGUAAUUCUAGUUGCUAGAUUGAUCUGUGU